UGAACCGUGCCAGACUCAGCAUACUUGUAAACUUGCAAAUCUUUAUAAGCCUUGAGCUGUAAUCCAAUGUAAAAACUACGGCUUUAAAUUGAGUAAUUCACCAAAUACGUCGUGAUGUUGGGGAACUUAUGAAUAUCACGCCGCAAUGACCAAGGGGGAUCAAACAAGGGUCAAAAACUUCAGUUUGUUUAUCGUAUCUGUUCCUCGUAUCUCCACUAAGCCUUGGAUAGUAUGCACUUCAAGACAGUUAUACUUACCACCCCUGUUUAUAAAUAUAUGUAAUAUUCAAGUUCAUUUUCACUUGCUCCGCCUAUGUCUGCGGCUUCUAGAAUUUCCUUCAUUAUAACAAUUAAGCGUAAAUGAUCAACAGCAACCAAAAUACAAUUGAAAAGGUAAAACAUACAAAUACACCAACGUAAAAUGAUUAAUAAUAAAUUGUGUAAGGUUAGGUUAUCCAAAAAUCUAACCUACAAACGUUUCAAAACAAUCAAAAUGUUUCGUACUUACCAGUUCGACUGUUGCAAAGGGGGCCCUGACGACUUGCGAGAACACUUCCGGACCACAUUCAAUAACGCGACACGUCGGACAGUGGCGGAGCUCCGGUUGUGCCGCAUUGGCCCCUACGUUUACUACAACAGUGAAAUUAUGGACGAUUUUGGUGUUCUAAUGCGUUUGAUUCGGUCCAAAUGGUGUUCUGUGCAAGAAGUAGUUCUGUUGAGUGACAGUGGCUCGUCGGGCGAAGCCCUGGCGGCAAGGACGUUCAUAAACGUGGCAUUUGAUGCGAUUGUGCAGUGCCUGAGCGGCCUGGAGGAAAACCACCGGCAACCGGUCCAAGAAAAGCUGCUGAAAUGCCUGCGGGUGUUUAUGAAGUGCGUCGUGUCCGCCGCAGCGCUCAACGAGGGCGUUGUCUAUAAUAUAAAAACGUCCCGGCAGGAAACCUGCAGGUUUUUUAUAUACUUCCACACCCUCCUAGACUUGUACUACUAUGUAACCAUCCUGUACUAUCUGUGCGGGCCAACGGCCGAAAUCAUCGAAGAAAUUCUCGAAACCGUCCUGAAGAACCUGCUGGUGAUAUUCAAAGUGAAACAUGAGUCCAAACAAACUGCCUGUAGCUGCGUGGAAAACUUCUGGCUAAUUAUGCAGCUAAUAGCCGAGAAAACUGAGCCAGCCAGGCCGUUAUUUUGGAACACUUUUAACCGAGUGCUGCUGCAGGAGAAUCCAGUGGUGGCCCUCAGUUUCCUAAAGGAGCUGGCCCACGUCCAUAGAUUCGACUGCCAAUUCCAAGACGUAGGCGCUAGAAGUGAGCGAAUUGUGCCGAACUACAAGUUUCUCGAAACCAAGUUUAAAGAGCUGCUCAGCAGCAGCAACUGCGAGUCGCUCCUGACCAGUUUGAGGACAAUCGAGCCCCUAAUCUGCGACUUGUGGCUCAAGGAAGGCAAAAUCGAGAUACUGCAGAUGAUCUGGGAUUUCUACAGUAAACGACUGAACGUGUCCCAAAACAGCUCGGGUCAGGACGCAUCGGCGCUUAGUAUAGUUGAAGCUAUAGACAACGUGAUGUUUUGUCCCAAGAAUUCGAGUGAGGACUUUGAGAUGUUCGUUGGAAUCUUGGUGUUUUACUUGAAAGAAUAUCCCACGCAUUGGGGAAAGAUCAAGGGGCGCAUCUACUCGGGGCUGGGCCCAAAUAAGAUUAAAGAUCUAACAGAGACAGGGAUUAGGCAUGUGAUGAUGCUGUUCUUGGGACUCAGUUCGAUUUACUUUGAAGAAAUCGAGAAGAAAAUGCUGGCUUUUUUGGCCAACUUACCCAAAGGGAAGAAGUAUACUGUACCUGUAUGGAACAUGUAUGCUGCCAUAGUACUGAAAUACGUGCGGGAGAGCCGCUCGGUUGAAAAACUGGCGCCCGCAAUAUCGGAAAUGCUUCAACAAGCUGCCGCCAGCCAGAAAACGUUUCACCUCAUUAAGAACUUCUUGGAAAACCUAGAAUCCAUCAUAAACCACAGCGCAAACAUGCAACUGCACCAAUGGCUACUGUUUGGGAACUGGCUAGGGCAAUAUCAAGCUGUAUGCUAUUUUCCCGAUCUAACUUAUUCCCUGAAUGUGAUUUUGCGGCUCUUGGACAAAUGCAGCAACGCCGACUCCUGGGGGUGUUGGGAGGAGUUCUUCAAAAACACGCUCUACCCCAAUUUGAAACAAUUAGCUGCCGCCGCUAACUCGCCGGCCGUAAUCGGCAAAAUAGCCGGAAAACUAGCCCUAAGUUACAACAACAUUGCAUCGGAGGCGUUUGCCUAUUUCACCAGCGAAACUGUGUCGCCUAAAGUGGCCUCAAUGUUUUUGGAAGUGGUAUUAGAUAGCUACCCUGAUAGUCUAAUCUUAACGUCCCAACAAGAGCAGAUUCUUCUUCAAAGUUGGACAAACAUCUGCUUUUUAACGGCCGAGCCGCAGUGCGAACUCACCAAAAUGAUUAUCAAGUUGGACAUAUUCCCUCCAGCGCUAAAGGAGCGCUUGAAAACAGCCGAUGAUCCAAUGGGGAGUUUUCUGGAAUACGUUGGCGGAAACUCGGCGGACUGUUUUAAACUCACCGAAGUGGCCUUGGUUAAUCUAGCGAAAACUCUCGGCCAGUACUUGGCUAAUCCUGAUAGUGAACAAACAGUACUUGGAAUCUACAAGUACGCAUCCUUAGCUUUUUUAAGUUGCGGCAGUUUGAUCUACAAUCGCAACAAACCGGUUACAAUCCUAACAAAGCUCGUACACAUUUUGCUGUUCCCUAAUGACUUUAUGUUGGGUAAAAGGGCGCUGCACAAUUUCGUUUUAAGCGCUGUUCGGAAGCAUUGGACAGUGUUUUUCGAUGCUUUCGUCAAGUUAAAUGGUACCUCCGAUCCCUAUUUGGAGCGCACCUUGCGAGAUAUGGUGAUCAAAUAUCUGCCCUAUUUUCCCAGUACGGAUUCGCCUGUAGUUGAUUGUCUGAAGAACGAAAAGCUCAGUCAGGUGAUUUUGGAGAAAAUUAGCCAAUCGUACUUUAAGCUCCCCAUCAAGGAAUCGGACGCCAAUUUACUGAAGGCGCUAAAAAUCGUCUCCGAUGUUGCUUCAACAACCGGCUCGCUGCCAUUGUUUCAACGAAUCGUACGCGAAACGCUCUACGGACUGUUUGAAGUCGUUAUAUUUCAUUCGCAGAGAAGUAGCGCCAUCGCCGUUAUUAAACACAUCACGAAUUCACCGCUGUUUAUACAUGUGCGGCCUCAAUUCAAGCAAACUGUGAUAGAAAUAACCGACAAAAACAUUGCCUUAAACACAAUAAAUUACUUCCAGCUCAUGAGCUGUUUGUCCAAGUUCGUCCCUCGCGACAUACGGGAAGUGCUGGAGACCAUCAAAAGCCAUGUGGGAAAUGUGGAAAGGCUCAGAGGCAUUAGCUACGAUAGGACUUUAAGGUUGCACUUAGAGAAACUAGAACAGUCUUUACAGUACAGUUAGGACAUCGGAUUGUUAAUAUAGUGUAUUUUUC